AAUGCGUCUUUUUUCCAUUGUCGAAUAACAAACUAGUAUUUCAAGGUUUUCUCCUGGAAGGAAAGCUCGAAAAAACUUUUAAAGGCGAUAUCCUUGUAGAGCUAUUCAAGCUCUAUCGAACGGUGUGUGUUUCAAAAAAAUCUAAAAUCUGCUUGAAGUUUGAAUUACCCGCACCUUAUAGAUAAAUCAUUCUUUUCUCAUAAAGAAAUAAAGCUUUUUUUGUAUUUUAUAGGUUAUCUGUGGGUUCAUAUGAAAGUUGGUGUAUGUAAUCGUAACUGUGGAGAAUAUGAUCUAGCGCUUGACAAUUUUCAUCAAUCGUUAAAUUACAUCAAAUAUCAGAAUACAGAUGAUCAGCUAAUAAUCCAGACAACCAUCUAUUAUCAAAUAUUAAAAUUGUUUAAAGAUAAUUUACGUUCGACUGAAGAAUAUAAACGCGAUAUUAUUGAUAAAAUAUCCCUUAAUAUAAAUUUACCAAUUUAUGAUCGCCUUUUAAUUUAUCCAUUGAUUAUUGAUUUUAUGGAAGAACUAAAAUCAGAUGCAAAUGAUGGUCAAAAUGUGAAAGAAAUACAAAACUAUAUCAAUUCGAAUAUAUCUAGAUAUAACAAAACACAAUUAGAAAAAUCUAACUUUAUUGUUAUCGAAAAUUAUAUAAACUUACAUGAGACAUUGUUAUUUCAAUGUAUUGGUGAUGUUUUAGUUCAUAUCGAUGAUAUGGACGCAGCCAUUAUUUACUGGACAGAAAUACUCGAAUUAAAACAACAAACAUUAUCGUCAACCAUAAUUGAUCUUAUAAAAUCAUCAGAAUCUACUUUUAUUGAAGUCUAUGAUGAAAUAAGAUUAUAUGGUCAACAUUUUAUACAACAUUUACAAUCGAUUAUUGAUUGUUAUGAAAAAGCUGCCAAAUAUUGGGAGAAAAAAGGAAAUUCUAACACGAAUAACAAGGAGAAGAACCUAAAGAGUUUUGAUAGAGCAAUUGAAAAUUAUCAGAGUUCAUUGAAAGUAGCAGAAAAAAUGCCAGAUUUGACUAUCAAAGAACGAAUAAAUGGAGAACUUGAAAAAAUACGUUCAUUUUUACGGUAA